GCUACCGAGUAGCAUGCGCACGCGUACCGGUUGUUUACAAAUGGCGGUAUACUUGGUGUGUUUGACAGCUGCAGGCGGUGUCCCUAUUUUCACGCGUUCGAAAGGAGAACUAAAACCUCUUCCGUUUCCAGUGAUAGGGUCACUAAAUGCGGUUCACAUGUUUGCUAGUAAUCACGGUGUCACCUUACAGUCCACUACCACCAAAGGGUCCAAGAUUGUGUGGAAAGUUUUUCACAACAGCAUAACACUGAUCGUGGCUACGAGAGACGACCACAGUGAUGACUGCCACCUGGCCCAACUCCUCGACAACAUAUUCCAGGCCAUGGUGCUCAUGUAUGGUGCUGAUGACGUCACCAACAUCAAAAACAUCGAGCGCUUUAAACGGGAAAUCAAGGUAUGUUUCCAGCUGGUCGACACACUGCUGGAGGAUGCUACCUUACCGACGUUCUCCAACCUCACCAACGCUGUCGACAUGAUUGCAGCACCAGAAAAUGCAGUGCUUCAGAAUUUCCUGGAUGCUUUCACUGAAGCGGCUGGAAGUCAGUAUGGGUGUCUGCUUGUUCACGGUAAGGUUGCCGUGGCAACCAAGAAAUGGUGGUUGUUCUCACCUACGGAGCUGAUUCUGCUGUCGUUGCUGGUUCCUGCCAUGACAAGGUGCACGUCUCGAGAUCUGCCCGUCUUCCUACCACAGCUGAGUCCCACAGUUCCACACCGCCUGAUGACAUUUGACCUGCUGAAGAAUAUUGAGAUCUGCGUGAUCACCGGACCGACCCCAUCACUGGCAGAACUCGAGCUUGAGGUCAACAGGUUCUGGAAACCCGGCUAUGAAUCUCUGAAAGCUGUUAGUCAGCUUCAUCCACGUAACUUUCCUACAAGUUUGUAUCUUGACGACAAUAUUCUAGGUUUUGUCGUGGUGAAUACCGAGUUACAUCGAUGUCUGUGCAGCGUGCAUUUAGCCAGCGGUCAGGACACCAGACAGACAGCAGAGAAGAGCAUGUCACGUGAACGGCGGCGUGAGAUUCUGCGGUCGUGGUAUAAGAAAGUGAUAGGCACCUACAUGUCAUCGUCGGUAGAAGGCAGUGACACAGGUCCGGCCGAGUUCUGCCACACCCCACUAGAGACGUACGUGGUCACCGACACUCACAAAUGCUACGCUCUCGAGUCGGGUCAACAUCAGAUAUUUGUCCUGUAUCACAUUUCCAUUCCAACGUUCGCAAUGAGAUCAGUGACACAGAAAACCCUCAGCUACUUGACGAAAGACAAGCAGGUCAACAUAUGACAGAAACUGUUCUACAAGACCCAGCAAUCGAGCAAUACAGAACAUGCAUGAUCAGCUCCCAGCAGGAUGAAUGUGGUGGAAUCCAUGGCACUCUUGCUUAGCCAGUUUUAAGAGCAGGGUCCAACAGAGCUUAUAGAUGAACUUUUGUGAACAUCAUUUUGAAUGGCCUGGUGGUUAAGUCGUGUGCCUUAAGACUGGUAGAUGGUGGGUUCAUGUCCAUUUACUGGCUUCCAUCUAGUGAGAUUUAACAGGUCAUCGGGGCCAGUACAUCAACAUCUCUCUCAUCAACCAGUACAACUAACGAUCAUUAACCCACCGUCCUGCCCAGACAGAGCUCAGAUGGAGGAGGUGUAGACUCGGGUCAGCAUCUUGAACCCAGGAGAUACAGGUAGGAGAAUAAAAAUCAACUUGAAAUGAGUGUUCCGAACACGGACCAUCUAACCACAGGAAGUUACCAACUUGCCUAACGAUGAGAUCUAGUUCAUCAUUCAAUGGUCACUGCUGCUACAGUAAUAUAGAGUUGAACUCGUCCAAGACCAAUUUCUCCAUUUGCUGGUCUUCAGUUGGCUAGAGACGGCAGAGGUUGCAUGUUAUUUCCAUCAUUGUAACAUUCAGUAUCACUUCCAGCUGGUGUCUAACAGAAAAACUUGCUAUUCAUGUAUUAGUGAAUUGUAUCUUCUUAUAGAUUUAUUUUUGUAUACAUGUACAUGUGGGGAAAACAUUUCACAUUACAUAUUUAUAUUUGAUAAAUAAAUUUUACAUUUAUUUGCAAAACUA